AUGGUGAUCCCUCCUCGCCCACAGCCCGCAAAGCGUGGCUCAAUGCGCCCACCAGCGAGACCGAAUGCGUCAACAUCGACCAUUGGACGAUCAGAGUCACCAGCAGAUUCAAUGUCUUCUGGAAGCACAACACGAGCUCGAUCCCCAAGUGCUCCACCGAGUGCGGGACUGAAGAGAAAGGAACGCGAUUUUGACCAGGAUGCAGGCGAGGAGACAAACAUCAACGUGGUAGUCCGGUGCCGGGGCAGAAGCGACAGAGAAGUCAAAGAAAACAGUGGUGUUGUGGUUUCAGUCAACGGGCUCAAAGGCAGAAGUGUCGAGCUUUCAAUGGGACCGAGCGCCUUGAGCAACAAGACCUACCAUUUUGACAAAGUCUUCUCCCCAGCGGCUGAUCAAGCCAUCAUAUUUGAUGAGGUUGUUAAACCCAUACUUGGCGAAAUGCUCACCGGAUAUAACUGUACCAUAUUUGCGUACGGGCAGACAGGGACUGGUAAGACAUACACCAUGUCUGGGGAUAUGACAGAUACGUUGGGGCUUCUGUCAGACGCAGCCGGUAUCAUACCUCGAGUUCUCUACACACUCUUUCAGAAGCUUGAAUCCGAUGAGGUCGAAUGCUCCGUAAAAUGCUCCUUCAUCGAACUUUACAAUGAAGAGCUACGCGAUCUCCUAUCCGCCGACGAUGGUACGAAGCUAAAGAUCUACGAUGACAAUAACAAAAAGGGGUACAGCGCAACGCUAGUUCAAGGCAUGGAGGAGUCUCAUAUCAAGUCUGCCAGUGCGGGCAUCAAGUUGCUGCAAGCGGGAAGCCACAAACGUCAAGUAGCAGCCACUAAAUGCAAUGACCUGAGCUCAAGAAGCCAUACCGUUUUUACUAUCACCACAUAUAUCAAGAAGCCGGGCGAGACUGGAGAGGACUUCAUUUGUGCCGGAAAACUGAAUUUAGUCGACUUAGCUGGGAGCGAGAACAUCCAGCGAAGCGGAGCGGAAAACAAACGGGCAGCGGAAGCAGGCUUGAUCAACAAAAGCUUGCUGACCCUUGGACGUGUUAUCAACGCUCUUGUCGACAAGAGCUCACAUAUUCCGUACCGGGAGUCUAAGCUCACUCGCUUGCUGCAAGACUCGUUGGGUGGGCGAACGAAGACUUGCAUUAUUGCAACUGUUUCCCCAGCAAGAAGCAAUCUCGAAGAGACCAUUUCUACGCUUGACUAUGCCUUUCGAGCCAAGAACAUUCGAAACAAGCCACAGAUCAACUCUAUGAUCUCAAAGAAGACUUUGCUGAGAGAGUUUACUACUGAAAUAGAGAAGCUCAAAAGCGAACUAAUUGCGACAAGACAAAGGAAUGGUGUCUAUCUAUCGAAUGAGCAAUUUGAAGAGAUCACAGUGGAGAGCGAGUCGAGAAGGAUACUAAGCGAAGAGCAAAGUGCAAGAAUCGAGACCUUGGAAACCAGUCUCCGUAACAAAGUUCAGGAUCUGUUUUCACUGACCAACAGCUUCAACAGCCUCAAGCGCGACAACGAAACGACCAGAUUAGCCCUCGAAAACACGAAAGAUGUUCUGCUGAAGACGGAAAUCGUCCUGCGCGAUACUGAGCAGCUGCUAAAUGAGGAGAUCAAACUCCGGAAGGCACAUCAGGCCACCGAAGAAGAAUUACAUGGUCUUGGGACUGGUUUGAUGACGAAGCUAGACGAAUCAGUACAGGACCUUGGUAGCUUACAUUCGAAGCUUCGCCGAAGAUCGGAUCUGCAUCUGUUGAACCGCCAGACCUGGGAAUCAUCUACCGCUCGGAUAGGUGAAGUCACAAAAAUCGUUGAUAAGGAAAUGGAGCACUUCCAAGUCGAGCAAUCAACCCGGCUUACAGAAAUGUCCGAGAAAGUGGAGCAGUUUCUGAACGCGGAGAUAGAUAAGAUCGCCUCUAACCAAGCAUUUCUCAGCGCUCGGGAUGCUGACCAUGAAAGAGCAGAGAGUCAGCUUAGGCAGCAGACUUCCGGAGCGCAUGACGAAAUGAAUCAGGUGCUGGAAGAGAUCAAAGUGCUUCGUGAGGAAGUCAAGGGCAAAGUAGGUGAAGGAUUGAACGGGCUCUCUGCUGCUGCUGCCAGGAUAUCUGCAGAAGUUAUUUGUGAGUUGGAGCACUUCCAUACUCAGCUCCACCUUUCCUACAGUGCCCUUGGCCGCGAGUUCAAGGCAAUGUUCGACGAUGUCGUCAAACAUGCCAACAGCCAACGUGAGGAGGCUGAUGAGCUCCGAAACCAAUUGCAAGAGGCCAACGAAAAGAUCGUCGCUUCAAAUGCAGCGGCAUCUUCAUCUCUCGAGAAGUGCCUCACUGAGGAGCGUCAAGCCUCACAGCAUGAUCGCGAUCAGCUUCUCUCCCAGGUCAAGGCUUUGAUGGACGAAUCGGCAAAGAAACAGGAGUUACGCUUAUCCUCGAACGUGGACUCCACUCGAUCCCAGCUAAUCUCGUCCCGAAGCGAAUUUGAGCGAGCGAGCAAAGUCUAUGCGCAGGGCAUGGGCCAGUGGUCUGAAAAAGAGAGAUCGUUUGUGGGCGAGGUUGUGAAAUCGAAGGAUUCUUUGAAGAACAAGAUGAAGAAGGACUGGACGGACAUCAACAGUCGCAACACAGCUAUUCAAAACACCACAAAAGCCGUGCACAACGAAACUGUUCGGAUCGUUGAUGCUCAACUGAAUGACAUGGCUAUCCAGAUGGCAGCACUAGAUGAGUUCGUGACUCGUGCUCGAGAACAGAACGGCCAACAUCACCAUUUGCAGCAUGAAAGCCUCAAAGAUCUGUCAAACAAUGUUCGGCAGACCUUUGCAAACGUGAAUGAUACUCUCCAAGCGACUUCCGCACGCAUGCAUAAUCAUGGUGCAGCUUGCAGGAUUAACAUUGACUCUCUCCAAGACAGUACCUCGUCGCUUUCUAAAAGCAUUCAAACCCCAUUGGCGGAGCUUCAAGCCAAUCUUGAAUCAAAUCCUCUGAUCGACUAUGUGGCAACAGGUGAAACACCACAGAAGAAGGAUUGGACGUACCCCACACAUCUCCCUUGUACGAGGAGCCACGAUUCGCUCCUUGCGCAGAUCAGAGGCUUGACAGAUGCGAAGCCUGCUGUCGCCCGAUCAGCGAGGAAAAUUGCAUCACCAAGAAAAACUGCCUCACCCAGAAAAGGGUUCUCCUCACCUAGUAAGCUGCCGAGUCCGACCAAGACCAGAAUCUUCCACGAUGAUUCAGCAGCCGCUACUGUUCAAGUCGCACCUACGACUUGGAAGGCGAGUGACCCUGCCGAAGAAAUCAAGGGAGGGCUGAAAGAAGUGGAUAUGAACGUACUGGCGCAAGCUUCGUCGGCAGGUGAUUUACAUGGGCAACCCUCGACAUCCUUCGCCAAGUCCCUAAACCAUGCACAGCAGCAGCCGCCGCUCAAGAGGCACGCUACAACAGAAAGCAGAUUACCGCGCAAAGGUAGAGAGAACAGCGUUCUGGCUCAAAGCAUUGGACCAGGAUCCGGGAUGGGAAGAAGGUUGCGGAGCAGUCCACAGCAGUAG